AUCAAGAUACGGAUACAACUUCGAGGGAAAGAUAGAGACAAAUUACAAGAAUUGCAAUGGCUUCAAAGCUUGUGAUCAUCAUUGUCUUCAUUUUAGAUCUCAUUGCUGUUGGAUUAGCCAUUGCAGCCGAGCAAAGAAGAAGUGUCGGUACGGUGGUCCCGGACAAAGAGAAGGUUUUUGAGUAUUGUGAGUAUGGCUCAGACAUAGCUACAAGUUAUGGAGCUGGUGCAUUUGUUCUCCUCUUCACUAGUCAAGUCAUUAUUAUGGUGGCUAGCCGGUGUUUCUGCUGCGGCAAAGCUCUUAGCCCCGGUGGUUCAAGAGCUUGUGCUAUUAUGCUCUUCCUCGUUUGCUGGGUGUUUUUCUUGAUUGCUGAGAUAUGUUUGCUUGCGGGAUCAAUCAGAAACGCGUACCACACCAAGUACAGAAGGAUGUGGAACAUCGACAGCCCUCCUAGCUGUGAAGUGAUCCGUAAAGGAGUGUUUGCUGCUGGUGCUUCCUUUGCUCUCUUCACUGCUAUUGUCUCUCAGUUCUACUACAUUUCCUAUUCGCGUGCUCGAGAUGAUUACCGAAACCCAAAUUACUAGUGAGAUCCCACAAGAGAACCUACCCCUUUGAAUGACUUUGUCCAUUUAUCUUCUCACUGCUCAAUAGUAGGAUAUUAAAAUUUGAUGAUGUUAGAGAUUUGCUUCUUGCUUGUAUUCGUUAAGCCUUUGAAUCACAUUUGCUUUUUGGUUUUCUUGUGAUGUAUAAAAUUUUAUUAUAUAA